UGCCAACAUGAGUCCUUUUUGCUAAUAAAUGGCGGACCACAAAAUUUUGUAACAAAAGCGAGCCGAUAUUUCUGUGAAUAAAUCGUUACGAAAUAAAAUAUUACAAUGGAGUUAACUCGCACUACACUUGGAAUUGCAGUGGGCAUUGCCGGGACUCUGUUCCUGGGGUAUUGUGUAUACUUCGACCAACAACGUCGCAAGGACCCUCUUUUCAAAAAAAAGCUCAGAGAACGCAGACAGAAUGCCCGCAAAUGUGCGUCACGCUCUAACGCCAUGGGCGGGCCCCUGCCUGACAUGAGCGACCAUGAGGCUAUGCAGCGGUUCUUCCUGCAACAGAUCCAGUUGGGUGAGGAGCUGUUGGCAGCCGGAGACCUUGAGGCGGGAGUGGAGCACCUCGGGCAGGCUGUGGCUGUGUGCGGCCAAACACAGCAGCUGCUUAGUGUGCUCCAACAAACAAUGCCGGCCCCGAUCUUCCACCUGCUCCUGAAGAAGCUCCCCGAAGUCUCCGAGCGACUCCGGGCCUCCAUGAAGGCGAGCGGAGGCAACUGUCUGCAAGAGGAAGACGUUGAAUAAGCAGAGGGCUAGACGAUGUUGAUUUGCACUUGCGGGACGUUUCAUAUGAAGAAAAAUGGUAACCUUUUCACCGCCACGGUCAGAUAUAGCCAACAAAGGUUAUGGUAUAUAAUUAAUCUUACUACCUUAAAAGGUUAACUAUGCUUUGUUAUCUAGUCGUGGCGGUUAAAAGGUUAAACUAAGUUUUGUGCUUUUUCUUGCCGCUGGUCGGUCAGGUUAAGUGACAUAAAAGUGUGUGCACGUCAAAAUGUAGACAUUGAUAUGACAGUUGCUCACACAAUGACAUGUCACAAAUGUGUUUUGAUUAUUUUAUUCACACCAGUUGUGAUGAAAUUAUGAUCUGACUAGAAAGGAGAAACAGGCGACAAAUGAUUAAGACGGUGAUGAUGAUGAUGAUGAUGAAUUAAUACAAGAAUUGUAUCGUAUAUAUUGUAUAUACAGAACGCAUGCUUGCAUAAACCUGAAAUAAUGAACUUAUUUCAACGCGUGUAGGUUCAUUUUACAAUAACAGUUUAAUAAUAUCGUCCAUAUGUGACAGUGUCGUCUAUACUUGCCGCAAAACUAAGCGGCAAGACAGAUCAUAAUGCCAUCUCUUUAACUCUUGGUUGGUCUUAACAAGGGUAAAGGAGAUAGCAUUAUGAUCUCAGCCGCCAGUUGGUAUUGCGCUAAGUAUACAGGGUGGUCAAAAAAUAAGUGCAUUCCCGUUGCCAGGGAGGUUUUGGGAUUAUACUGAGCAACUGUUACUAUGGGACCGACCACGAAAUCGCGAAAAAAAAAUUAACCCCCAUAUAAACUGAACCAGCCAAAAUGUAUGAAAAAGCCAAAUUUUUUUUGCGUUUUCGGGGUCGGUCCCAUAGUAAAAGUUGCUCAGUAUAAUCCCAAAACCUCCCUGGCAACGGGAAUGCACAUAUUUUUUAGCUACUCUGUAUAGACGACAUACUUGUAAUUUCUUCCGCAAGUGCAAAUAAAGACUCGAAAACAUAAAUGACUGAAGAUUUUCUCAACCCUUCCCUUUUGAUUCGAACGAACAGAGUUCUAUGGCAUAUUGCACCCCAUACAACAUAGAACCUUGUCAUUUCGAAACUCGACAGCCUAAUCGUAUUAUUUGUUCCAUUAUGCAUUGGGCUAAUCUAUUUUAAUGUACAAUUGGAACUAGAGCCGCACCAAGAAAAGUCUGCAGCGGAUUUGAUAGCCCACGCUGUGUAAGUGUUAUUUAUACGUCAUAAUUUCAUAGAAGUUGACGUUUAAAAUGCCGCACUGCGUGGGCUAUCAAAAUCGCUGCAGACUUAUGACGGUCUGAUUUUAUCAAAGAAGGUAGAGUAUUUUAAAAUACGAUUACUUUAUGUAACAUUUCUUUAUAAUGUUAAAAGAAAUAAGUUGAACAAUAGCAUGUAGUCUUAAUUUUAGUGAUUAUUGAUACAAUACUUGUCUUUUGAUUUCUUUAAUUUAUACGAAUCAUGCUUUAUUCUUUGUCAUGUCACUAACAGUUUUGAAUUUAUAAAUUUAUUCAGUUGAUAUAUUUUGAGAAGAUAUAGGUAUAAAUGUCACGCAUUGCUGAUUGGUGUUAACCCUUUAAUCGUCUUGUCGGCAUUUCUGUCGCCUAUUACGAUAUGUAAAAUGCACGUACUGCCUGCCUAAAAGUAAGCGGACGACAUAGCCUAUGGACGCUUGUAACAUCAGCGGUAUGCGCGUUACCAGUUCCUACAUUAUUUUAUCUGUUAAAAAGUUUUUUAAGUGACAUGUUUAUUUCAAUUUAAAAUCUAUACGGUAUUGGCUGUGAUAGUCCACAAAUAUAAUAUCCGCCAUUUUUCAAUAUCGUGACAAGACAAGUUGUUAUUGUUUUAGGUUUGUUCGCAACUGGUUAAGGAUGCUUGUGAGUUUUGAUUGAGAUUUUAUUGUGAAUAAAAGUAUUGUAAAAA